ACUUCCAAUGAAACGCUGAGGUCUAAAGUGUUUUCUCAGAUUUUAGGAGGCUCCUGCAAAUCCACAGCCAACUGUAGGGCGCACGACCGUUUUCACAGUAUUACGGUAAUUAGUAAACGCCUCCUCCCCCUCUGAACAAACUGGAUGACCAUCCCCGGAUCACCCUGACUCCAUCAGAGUCACAGCGCGGUUCAGUGGGUGCGGAUCGGGACGCGCAGCGGGAGCUUCGAGGAUUUCGGAUUAAAAACCAGCGCCAGCUAUGAACACCUACAGCAUUAAGCAGAAGUAAACGGAGCUGUGUCACACCGUCAACACAACGCGUCGAGGAUGAACACCGCCGCCGCCACAGGAUCGGCUUCUUGCCGUUUCGCCCACUAUUUUGUUGUGUGUGGAGUGGACACGGAGACGGGCCUGGAGCCGGACGAUGGAGCAGGUGAGGGCUUUGAGCACAGCCCUGUUCGACGGUCCUUCAAAUCGAAGGUUUUGGCUCAUUACCCUGAAAAUACAGACAGGAACCCCUUCAAUAAAGAUGCUGUCAACAUGCUCUGCAUGCCCAGAGGGCUGUCCUUUCGCACUCAAGCAGACAGACUCGAUCCUCAGUUUCACUCGUUUACGAUUUCUUUCGACGAUGGCACGCGUUCCUACGGCUUUGUUCACACCUUCUACGAGGAGGUGACCAGUCCUCAGAUUAUCACUGCCAUGCAGACACUCUGUCAGAUGCACCAUGUGGAGCACCACUCCUCUUCAUUGGCCUCCUCUCCCUCAUCCUCCUCUUCCUCUGCCUCCUCACCCUCCACCUCCAGUAUGGACUCACUUGCGAGCAGCUUGGAUGAGUCAGACGCCGAGUCUCUGGCUGGGGUGUCUGGCUGCCUCGGAUGUGUAGGCUCCUUCGAUCCAACGCGAGACACCCUGUAUGUGUCCAAAGCCCUCUGCCUCGUCACGCCGCUCCCUUUUCUUCAAGCUUCACGACAGUUUCUGGUUCAGCUCCACCAGGCUGUGACGUCACAGACAGCCCCACCACUCCCUCUAGAGAGCUACAUCCAUAACAUCUUGUACGAGGUGCCGUUGCCUCCACCUGGAAGGUCGCUGAGGUUCCAUGGGGUGCAAGGGCCCAUCCUUUGCCAGCGGCCCGGGCCAGGUGAGCUUCCUUUGGGGGAGUAUCCUCUUGGAGAUGCGUUCUCCCUCCUGGGUGUGGACAGCAUGGUGAAACUACUUACCUGUGCACUUCUGGAGACACAAGUCCUGCUUUACUCUUCAGACUACCAGCGUUUGAUGACCGUGGCAGAGGGCAUCAACACACUGCUGUUCCCAUUUCAGUGGCAACACAUCUACCUGCCCAUCAUUUCUGCACCACUACAUCACCUGCUCGACGCUCCUGUGCCAUUCCUGAUGGGUAUCCAGCGCAGAGAUGGAGCUCAGCGAUCCUCCCUCAAUCUGCCACAUGAGGCUAACCUGUGCUUCGUGGACAUUGACAACCACUGCGUCGAAGCUCCUGAAGACCUUCCCCAGUUUCCGGAUCAGACUGAACUCAUUCAGGAACUGAGUGAGGUGUUGUUGCAAUUUGGGCUGCCUCCACAGGGCGGUGUGAUCGCUAAGCCCACGACCGCCUCUUCCUCCUCCCCUCGGCUAAGCAGCCUGGUGCUGGAGGAUCUGAUGGAGGACAGAAGGAACGGGAACCUCGGAGGCGAGGAGUUGGCGGUGCUGGAGAGGCUGCAGGCUCUGGCGAGGAGGUGUGGAGGAGGAAAGAUGUCAGAUGGAGGGAAGACACUGGGACACGUGUUUGAGGAGGAGGAGGAAGAACUGAAGGCUGCAAAGCUGAAUAUUCAGCUGAGGGAGGUGUUUGCAGGACGUUUUGCUGCAAUGUUUGGCAGAUAUGAUGACUUCGUCAUCCACAGCGCUCUGGAUUUGGACUCUUGGUUGACUAACCGAGAGGGGAUGUUCAACUUUGAUAAGGGUUCCUUUCUCUCCGUUCAGCCAGCGAGCCACUUGCACUUCUUGUCCCGGUUCUUGGAGACAUCCAUGUUUUCUUCUUUUGUGGAUGGGAAGGUUAUAUCUCGCUGGGCAGAUAGGGAGCCACUACAGCAGCUGUUCGACAGCCGUUUAGAGCGAGAACGACUGUAUGACACGGGGAGCGAAGAUUCCUGUAGUUGUCUUUACAGGAAAUGCACUACCCUCUUUGAAUCAGGUCAGACCAUCGAGCGGAGGCUGCUGAAGGCCGACCACACAGCCAUACACCCCCACCUGCUGGACAUGAGGAUUGGCCAGGGUCGUCAUCACCCGGGCUACUUCCCUAAGCUGCAGGCGGAUGUCCUUGCCCAGGCACAGAACACCAACAAGUGGUCCAGUCGUGUCACAGCCUCUCGUAGGUCUGAACCCAAGAGAUCCACAGUUUCUGAUCAGUCAGGAGUGGACAACGAGCAGAGACAGAAAUACACCUUUGCGAGGAAGAAUCUCCGCCAGUCUAAACUACUUGACCUGACGCCUCAAGCUAUCACUCAGACGCACCGGGAGUUUGUUGAUGGGCUGCUCAGCGAGUGUCGUCUAAAGACCAAACGGAUGCUGAAGGAAAGGAUGGGGAAGGAGAGUGUGGAACUGGGUCAGGGAGAGGCCAGCAUCACAGGCCUGCAGGAAAACACACUCAUCCACGGCCUGUGUGACCUGCUGGAGAGAACAUGGGGCCACGGUCUGCAGGUGAAACAGGGGAAGUCUGCUCUUUGGUCCCAUUUGCUUCACUACCAAGCUGCCCAGGGUAAGACGGAGGCACCAGCUGAGUCUCCAGGAUCUAACUGUUCAGACCAGAGAACAGUUGAUGAUGGCGCUUUGCCCCUGAGAGGAUCGUUAAUACAGGAUAUGAGGUUUAUCCAGACCAUGAGUGAGGGUCUGUCUGAUGUGGGUCAGGCCCGAGCCUGGAUCCACCUGGCUCUAGAGAAGAAAAUACUAUCCCAACACCUCAAAGAGCUGCUCACAAAUCAGGAGCUGCUCCGGCAGCUGUACAAACCUCAUGCAUUCCUGCUCUGCGAGGAAGAAAGGGAGCAGUUUUUGUUCCACCUGCUCUCUCUAAACACCGUGGACUACCUCUGCUUUACACGUGUCUUCACCUCAGUCUGUAUUCCAUAUCGUGUUGUUAUAAUACCCAUGAAGAAGCUGAGCAUCGCCAUGGCAACAGUUGAUCCUUGGGUGUGUGUGUCAGGAGAGUUGGGCGAUUCUGGAGUUAGACAGAUCCCAAAGAAUACACAAGAAAUUUUUUUCCAGUGCAAGAACCUGGGCAGGCUGAGCACUCUGCAGCUGGGACAGGAGAACUCGGGCCUGCUGGCCAAGUGUCUCAUUGACUGCGUGAUGGUGUACAAUGAGAUUACAGGGCACACCUACAAGUUCCCUUGCGGCCGAUGGCUUGGUAAAGGCGUGGGGGACGGCAGCUUGGAAAGAGUCCUCAUUGGUCAGCUGGUGUCACCUGGUGCGGAGGAGGAUGCUGGAAGGUUGACAGGGACACCUCCUCCGGAGCUGGCCUCUCCUUCUCAGAGUGUGCGGACAGUCCUCGGAUCACUUGGCAGCCGUAGCAGGAUGCCGUUUGAAGUACAAGAGGACAUGAGGGAGGCGGUAAAUAACCUUGUGAAGCAUUUCCACAAACCUGAACAAGAGAGGGGAAACCUGACAGUCUUGCUGUGUGGUGAAGGAGGUCUGGUGCUUUGCUUGGAGAAGUUCCUCCUCCAUGGUCUCAAAUCCAACCGACUUUUUCAGAGGAAUGUGUUCGUUUGGGACUUUGUGGAAAAGGCCGUGGCUUCCAUGGAGACUGCUGAUCAGAUGGGUGACCUGCACGGAUCAACACUGACAAAGGGCCCGCCCUGCGACCUGCUGUGCCACUACGUCAGUGCCAUCAACGCCUCUCCUAGAAAUAUUGGAAAAGAGGGCAAAUUCCAACUUUUUGUCUGUCUGGGAAUUAGGGACCGGCUUCUCUCUCUGUGGCUCCCCCUGCUGGCAGACUGUCCCCUCACAGCUCGGACAUACGAGGACGGUGCUCUGCUGCGGGACCGUGCUGCUGUACACUCCCUCUCUCGCAUGCUGCACACACUAAAUGAUUUCGCCAUCACUCUGGAGACAGCACUGGUUAAAGGAGUUGACCUCUGACCUCUGAGUUUAGCAGCUACGCUGACAGAUUCAGAUAUUCAUCUUCCCAAGAGUGGGGAAGGGAGGUACAUUUGGACAUUUGGCGAAAUGUGACUCUGUCAUAUCAUCACGAUCAGCAAAAUGGACAGUGAGCUAGACGAAACCGCUGGCAACUCAAGCACCAAACAUAUUGCCUUGUUCACUGAUGUACAUGUCUUAUAUACUCUGAUUGCUUCAGGAAAUAGUCCUGUGCUUGUUUACACUGUGAAGUUCUGUUUCCUCGAGGAGAACUGGAGGGUUAUUAAUAAACUCACAUCUACAGUCAAUAUUUUCCCUGCUCACGUCAUUUAUACUGUACCUAACACUAGGAUAACCAUACCUGUCCUACUGCUGUGUUGUUUGUACUUGAAUUUUAAACUAAGCACAUGCAUGGCCAGAAUAUGUUUGUUUUUUGUUUUUUAUGUCUUUUGGUGUUGUAUUCUCAAACGUCAGUUCUCAGGCCUUAUUGUUAUUACUAUUAUUACCAUAAUUAUUUUUGAUUUCAUUUGAUAUUUUAGCAAAUAGUCAAAACAAAUUAUUAUACCCCUCUAUAAUGUUAAAUUUUUAUAUAUAUAUAUAUAGAUAUGUUAUGCUAUUAUUAUACUGCGUAAUGUCUGGCCUGUUUCUCAUUGUUUAUUUCAGUUUGGGGUCACAUGUGACGCAGAGUUGUGCUCACGAAAUCCUCAGUUGGUAAAACACUGGAACCAAACUGGUGUCCUAGUUGUGUCAGUUUAAAUAGUCCUUGUCAUUUUGUCAGAAAGCCCCCCCCCCCCCCCCCCCUUCACUUCUCUCUGAUUGUAAAUAUUUUGCUUCAUCAGAUCUUUGAUAGGAUUGUUUCAUCCUUCCAUCCCAUGUUCCUAUUUGUUGUUGGUGUACUGAAUUUGUGACAUAUUUUUUUUCCUCUACAAAGGCAUCUUGUUUGUGUCUGCGUAACAACAAUGGAUCCCACUCCAGACACACUCUCUCGUGUGGACAGUAGUCAUGCUGUUUUGUUUUUAAGCUCUUCAAUUGUCUGCAAAAAAAGGGAGAGAGGGAGAGAGGGGGAAAAAAAAUCAGACAAUGAAUAGAGUACAUGUUCUCAAAACCGCUAGGUAUUAUGUUGAUGUUGCAUCCAAUUAAACAGUUGAGGAAUUAUGAAAAAUGCUGUCUCCUGCACUAUCCCGCAAGCACUAUGUAACCUAUGAUGACCAAGCCUCUUUUCUCCUUUAAAUACAGAUUAGAGAAAGCAAUAAAUAAUGAACUGUUAUUUAUGAAGUGUGUGGUCAAGAUUAAAGUUAAAAUUGAAAUAAG